GGGGGGGGGGGAGAGGCAGGAAAACUUUUUUCAGAGGAAAAUGCAGGGUUUGUCCUCACCCCUGACGUCAGAGCUCGCUUCCAUAAAACCCCCCAGGGCGGCGGGAGGAGCGGGGCUGGUGCUCCUGAUGGGCCGGCUCCCGAGAGGCGGACAUCUCCUCCCGGGCUGCCCGGCCGAUGCGCGGCCGCUGAGCCCCCAGCAUGAGGUGGCUCCUGCCCUGGACGCUGGCAGCGGUGACCGCAGCCGCCACCGCGGGCAGCGCCCUGGCCACGGCCCUCUCCGCGGCCCCCACGGCCAUGGCCUCCACGCCCGCACCGCUGGAGGACACGUCCUCGCGCCCCCAGUUCUGCAAGUGGCCGUGCGAGUGCCCGCCGUCCCCGCCGCGCUGCCCGCCGGGCGUCAGCCUGGUCACCGACGGCUGCGAGUGCUGCAGGGUGUGCGCCCAGCAGCUCGGGGACAACUGCACCGAGGCCGCCGUCUGUGACCCCCACCGCGGCCUCUACUGCGACUACAGCGGGGACCGCCCGAGGUACGCAAUAGGAGUGUGUGCACAGGUGGUCGGCGUGGGCUGCGUCCUGGACGGCGUGCGCUACGGCAACGGCGAGUCCUUCCAGCCCAGCUGCAAGUUCAACUGCACGUGCGUGGCGGGCGCGGUGGGCUGCACGCCCCUGUGCCUGCGGGUGCGCCCGCCGCGCCUCUGGUGCCGCCUCCCGCGCCGCGUGCGCCUGCCCGGCCGCUGCUGUGAGCGCUGGGUGUGCGACGACCACGCCCGCAGGCCGCGCAAGCCCGCGCCGCGCCACGCCGGAGACCUAGCGAUCCUGGGUGAGGCCGAGCCCUGGCACGGGAACUGCAUCCCCCACACCAGCCCCUGGAGCCCCUGCUCCACCAGCUGCGGCCUGGGCAUCUCCACACGAGUGUCCAACGCCAACGCCGGCUGCCGGCCUGCGCAGGAGAGCCGCCUCUGCACCCUGCGGCCCUGCAGCCUGGACGUCCGGCCACGCAUCAAGGAAGGGAAGAAGUGUCUGGCCGUGUACCAGCCGGAGGCGCCCUUGAACCUCACCCUGGCCGGCUGCGUCAGCACGCGAUCCUACAGGCCCAAGUACUGCGGGGCCUGCACGGACGGCAGGUGCUGUGUGCCCUACAAGUCCAAGACCAUCGACGUCGCCUUCCGGUGCCCCGACGGGGCCGGCUUCUCCCGCCGGGUCCUGUGGAUCAACGCCUGCUUCUGCAACCUCAGCUGCCGGAACCCCAACGACAUCUUCGCCGACCUGGACCUCUACCCCGACUUCGCAGAAAUCGCCAACUAGGCGGGCACCCAGCGCAGGGCUCUGGCCUGGCCCAACACGUGCCAAGCAGCCGGCCCUCGGCGGCCCGGGAUGGCCCCCCCUCCCCCCCAGUCCACUUCCCAUUCAUCUCCGGGGACCCUGACCCCGACCCCGGGCCCCUGCCCGGUCUCUGAGCACCCCAUGGCGCGCUGUGCGGCUGUCCGGCCCACCUGUAGGUCCUGUUCUUGGCAGCACCCUGCGUGCCCUCCACAGGAAGUGCCUAUCUCCAUUGGUCUGGGCCACCCCGGCCCUGGGAGUCACUGGGCAUCCUGAGUCCCAUGGAGCGACUCAGCUGGACAUUUGAUCUGGCCGAUUCCCCCUGGAAAUGCCAAACAUGAGACUCCAUGGGCCCACCCAGCAGGAGCGAUGGGAUGGAGGACAAGGGGUCAGCCUAUGGCUCGGGCCAUGCCGAGUGGCCCUGUCAUAGUUCUGUCCACAGACCCCAAAGUAGCUCUGACCCCAAAGAUGUACAUACCCCAGAGUCACCAAACAUCUGCCAAGGGGGGUGAAGGGCUCCUGGGCUCAGCGUUUU